UGCAGUCCUGCGUGGGAGAAGGAGCCUGUAUCACUAAUGUGAUGUGUAAGGCACUCUAGUGUCAAUGUGUUGAGGGGCUGCAGAUGGCCUAAUUUGACCAGGUCAGUGCAGGAGGGGCUGGGGAUCUGCUGUCAUGGUGCUGGGAGGGAGUGCCAGGGACAAGAUGGCAGAGUGCUUCGUGGAAUGUCAUCCUGAGGAGUUUCACCUUUGCUCCCCAGGUAGUGUAGUACCUUAAAAGGUCUUUUGAAGAAAAGAUGAGCUUUUGAAGUAGCUUCAAAAGAACUUGGGCCCUUCACAGCCUGUUAAAAUAGCUCACGGGUCCUGUAUGACCUUGGGCAAUUCACUAACAUCCCUAAACCUUGAUUUUUCACUUAACAUCCCUGAACCUUGGUUUCCCCACCCGAGAGGACUCCCAGGAGUGUUGUUAGUAUUAAAUGAACGUGUUACACUCCUGGCCUGGUGUGGUUACCUCCAGCCAUGAAGCUCCACCUUCAGUCCUGAUGUGAAUGAAGGCCUACGGUUCAUUCCCUUAAACGUCACUGAGUACUCAGUAUGUGGCAGGCACUGUGUAGAUGCAGGGGACCCUGCCCUCGUGAAGCUUAUGUUCUAGUGAGUGAGAUAGGAAACAGAAAGAAGUACAGAUUAUAUAUGAUAUAAUAAUAUCCAGAAUAUAACAUAGGGGUGCUGCGAGGAAGAAUAGGCCGGAUUCACAGACAGGGGGGUGAAGGGCCUGUUUUAGACAGAGUGGUUGGGGAAGACAGUUGAACGUUUGAUGAGAUGAGGUGGGCGAUGUGGGAGGGAGUAUUCCUGCGUGAGGAAACAGGGGUGCAAAGGCUCCCCUAUUAGGGGAGCGUCAGGCUGGAGUGGAGUAUGUUGGGGGAGUAGUAGAAGCCGAGGUCCGAGGGAGCCUUGUGGAUCCUGAUGUGAGCUUUGGAUUCUGUGCUAAGUGUGAUGUGAAACUCUAGGGUGGGUUUGAGUAGGGGCGUGAAGUGAUCUGAUUCGUGGCUGGAGAAAGAGCCUUCUGUCGAGAGGCAGGCGUUUGAGCGGCCAGAGUGGAAGCUUGGGACCUGCUGCGUGGUGCUCCCCGUUGCCCAGGUGUGAGACGACAGAGGCUCGGUCAGAGUGACGGAAGAAGGGUGGUGAGAAGGACCCAGUUCUGGCUGUGUUUGGGGGGAAGAGCUGAUACGGUUUGCUGACAGAUCAAGUGUGAGGCGUGUGACAGAGGAAGAAGAGUCGAGAAGGACUACAAGGUUUUGGUUGGAACAACAGUGGUGCUGUUUACUGAGGUGGGGAGCCCUGGAGGAGGCGUGCCCUGGGGGCAGGGAGAAUCAAGAGUUUAAUUUUGCCUAAACUACUAUUUACUUAAUUAUUUAAAAAGUCAACUUGAAAUCAAAUUUUUCCUGAGCAAUUAUAUCUAUGAAAUCACAGGUCCUAGCCAUAUAUUUUUCUUCUAAUGUAUGUUAAAAUAAACACAUAGCCUUAAAAUAAAAACAUCCUUUAGACCAUCACCUACAACUGUCUCAUAUGCCGUCAGAAUGUGGUCCAGCUGCUCCAGCACACGAUUUGGCAGGUAAUAAUGGUUUUCCACUUAUAAUACUGAAGAGUUUACAUUCAAAAUGAAGUCAUUUUAAUAAAAGAAAACAUGGCAGAUUAAAGAAAAAACAUGAAAUGGAUAAUUUGUUGAAGAUGGAGCAGCAACCAAGCUGGACGGAUGACCUGCCGCUCUGCCACCUCUCUGGAGUUGGCUCAGCCUCCAACCGCAGCUACUCUGCCGAUGGCAAGGGCACUGAGAGCCACCCACCAGAGGACAACUGGCUCAAGUUCAGGAGUGAGGACAGCUGCUUCCUGUACGGGGUCUUCAACGGCUACGAUGGCAACCGGGUAACCAACUUCGUGGCCCAGCGGCUGUCUGCGGAGCUCCUGCUGGGCCAGCUCAGCGCCGAGCACACUGAGGCCGACGUGCGGCGGGUCCUGCUGCAGGCCUUCGAUGUGGUGGAGAGGAGCUUCCUAGAGUCCAUCGAUGACGCGUUGGCAGAGAAGGCGAGCCUCCAGUCCCAGCUGCCUGAGGGCGCCCCUCAGCACCAGCUGCCCCCUCAGUAUCAGAAGAUCCUCGAAAGACUCAAGACGUUGGAGAAGGAGAUUUCGGGAGGAGCCAUGGCCGUGGUGGCGGUCCUUCUCAACAACAGGCUCUAUGUCGCCAAUGUCGGUACGAACCGUGCGCUUUUAUGCAAAUCCACGGUGGAUGGUCUUCAGGUGACACAGUUGAACGUGGACCACACCACGGAGAAUGAGGAUGAGCUCUUCCGGCUCUCACAGCUGGGUUUGGAUGCAGGAAAGAUCAAGCAAGUGGGCGUCAUCUGUGGGCAGGAAAGCACCAGGCGCAUUGGGGACUACAAGGUCAAAUACGGCUACACUGACAUCGACCUACUCAGCGCUGCCAAGUCCAAGCCCAUCAUCGCGGAGCCUGAAAUCCACGGUGCACAGCCCCUGGAUGGGGUGACUGGCUUCCUGGUGCUGAUGUCCGAGGGGCUGUACAAGGCCCUGGAGGCAGCCCACGGGCCUGGGCAGGCCAACCAGGAGAUCGCCGCCAUGAUCGACACGGAGUUCGCCAAGCAGACUUCCCUGGAUGCAGUGGCCCAGGCCGUGGUGGACCGGGUGAAGCGCAUCCACAGUGACACCUUCGCCAGUGGCGGGGAGCGUGCCAAGUUCUGCCCAAGGCACGAGGACAUGACCCUGCUGGUGCGGAACUUUGGCUACCCCCUGGGAGAGAUGAGCCAGGCCGCACCCACCCCCACCCCAGCUGCAGGAGGACGCGUGUACCCCGUAUCCGUGCCUUACUCAAGCGCCCAGAGCACCAGCAAAACCAGCGUGACCCUGUCCCUCGUCAUGCCCUCCCAGGGCCAGCUAGUCAACGGGGCCCACAGUGCCUCCACCCUGGACGAAGCCACUCCCACCCUCACCAACCAGAGCCCGACCCUGACCCUGCAGUCCACCAACACGCACACCCAGAGCAGCAGCUCCAGCUCUGACGGGGGCCUUUUCCGCUCCCGGCCCGCCCACUCGCUCCCGCCCGGCGAGGAUGGUCGCGUCGAGCCUUACGUGGACUUUGCGGAGUUCUACCGCCUCUGGAGCGUGGACCAUGGCGAGCAGAGUGUGGUGAUGGCGCCGUAGCCCAGCCGCGGAGUGCAGCCCGAGCAGGACCUUGCCUGGGGACGGGGCCCAGCUCCGGGCCUUUUCCUGCCAUUUGCCUGUGCCCCAGGGGCCAGCGGGGGCCUGGUGCUCAGCUUGCAUCGUACUCUUACUCCACAGCCUGCGGUGCUGUAGAGAAUGUUCUCUCAGUGCACCAACGCAGACCGGACCCCUUGCCACGGCGGCAGCACAGGGGCCGGAGGCUCAGUCCCCCGGCAGCCUCAGCCACGACCAUUGCUGUUUCUCAGAGCAAGGGGCACAAGGGCGGCAGCCCACGAGCCCCGCGAGUGGCAGCCACUGCUUUCCCAAAGCCACCCCCUUCCCGACACCAUCUCCCCUGGAGGAGCCUGUGGCCACUGCUAGCGCCCCCUCGCCCCUGGGGGGUGGUUCCCGCCUUCUCCAGCUGGCCUCCAGAGCGGAACCCCAGUUGGCGUCUGCACCUUCGAGGCCUGCACCCGUCCCUGGGCCCCGUCCCUAGGCCUCUUUGGGCUCAGGGGCACUGGGAUGGCUGCAGAGGGGGCAGUCAGGUGGAAAGGAACCGGAGAGAACUGGUCCAAGAGGAGCACUGGUCCUGGAGCCCACCAGAGUGGGCAGGCUGGGCAGGGCUGGCUCCCCAGGGCCGGGUGAAGAGGGGAGGUGUGCCCGGCCUGAGUGGGGGCAGGGGCCGCCCUUGUCAGGCCCCUCCGGGAGUGGCGAGGCCCUGAAUCGGGGUGAGCCAGUUCUGCUCUGCUUUUCCCCGCUGGAGCUGGGGAGGGCCCCAGGGUGGGAGCUGCUAAGACUGCAGUCUUAACCACUGACUGUGAGUCUCUGCCAGCUCCACGGUAACAGACAGGUCUUAGGCCAGGCCUCGGGGCUCACUGGAAACAGAGAACAGUGGAGAAUGGUUCCAGAAGGUCCUGGAGACCGGCUGCUCUGGGUGGUCGAGGGCUUUGGAGACGUGCACUGUUCUUACAGACACUUAGGGUCGGGAUCAGGCCAGCCCAGGCCCUCAGUUAGACCAUUUCAUGCAUGUUCUCUGCCUUCAGUGGGGAAGGGGUGCCACCAGGGCUGUCAGCUGGAAUUGCCCUUCGUAUUUUCAGAGGAGGAAGCAGGCUCAGGAGACUCACACCUUGUCCAAGUCACGCAGUCAGUGGUGGAGCAGAACUCAAACUUCCUUGUCAGUCUCUGAGGCCCCCCUGGGUUCUUGCCAACACCCCCCCACCUGGUGCCCAGCCUCCUGCCCCAUGAUGCCCCAGACACAGCUCACCAGGGACUGGCUGCUGUGCACGGCCUCCAGUGUGCUUGGACUCUGAAAAGUCAAAGGCCAGUUCCAAGGUUCCCUGUUCGCCCUGUGGUCCAGGAACAUGUUUUCCUGUGGCAGGGCAGGGCCCAUUGUGGUGCCGGUUUCCGAGGGGAGCCGCGGCAUGAGCAGAAGAAAAACGGAUCUCAGCAGAGGGCCCUGACCCCCCUCCACUACGAAGCCAUCUCCAUUGUGCAGGUGAGCAGAUUCAAAAUCAGUCACAGAGGCUUGGGCACAAAGGGAUUCUCUUCCGA